AUGGCCAACGUGACGUACACGGGCACGACGGCGCGGGGGUCGGAGAACGACACCAACUGGGGCGCCGACGUUGUCUUCUGGGGCGGCAACGAGCACUACCAGCUGGGCACGGGCAAGCGGUCGAACGUCAACGCGCCGACGUACAUCCAGCCGCUCGACGGCGGGGCCACGGGCGAUUUCCACCGGUUCCAGCUGACGCCGCGCAAGACGGUCAGGCUUGGCGAGGACGGCAAGGGACGCAAGGCCAGCCUCGAGCAAAGGGUCGAGUGCGGGCGCAUGGUGACGGCCGUGUACUCGGCGGCGUAA